CCCAGGGUUAUUUAUUUUUAAUAGGCAAAUCAAAGAGAAUACAGAGCCAAGAUGUUUGACGUUUUUGGCUCGGUGAAGGGCUUGCUAAAGCUCGAUGUGGUUUGCAUUGACAACAAUGUAUUCAGACUACAUUACAAAGCAACCUUUGUCAUUCUGGUGGCAUUUUCGCUGCUGGUCACUUCAAGACAGUACAUUGGUGACCCCAUCGACUGCAUAGUAGAUGACAUCCCACUGCAUAUAAUGGACACUUACUGCUGGAUCUACUCCACCUUCACGGUGCCAAAACUCAACGGAGAGCCAGGCAAGGAUGUCGUUCAACCUGGUGUAGCAGCGCACAUGGAUGGAUUGGAUCAAGUCAGAUACCACAAGUACUACCAGUGGGUUUGCUUUGCCCUAUUUUUCCAAGCCCUUCUGUUUUACGUCCCUCGUUACCUCUGGAAAACGUGGGAAGGUGGCAGAAUCAAGAUGCUCGUGCUCGACUUGAACUUCCCGGUCGUAAGCGAGGACUGCAAGGCUGACCGUAGGAAGCUCCUCGUCGACUAUUUCACUACGAACCUUCACUCCCAGAACUUUUAUGCGUUUCGCUUCUUCUUUUGCGAAUUUCUAAACUUCAUCAACGUCUUCCUACAAAUGUAUGUUGUCGACGUCUUCUUGGGCGGCGAGUUCUCGCAAUACGGCUUGGAAGUCGUUGGGCUCACAGAAAUGGAUCCGGACGAUCGCAUCGACCCCAUGUCUCGAGUCUUCCCAAAAGUCACAAAGUGCACCUUCCACAAAUAUGGUGCUUCCGGUACUGUGCAGAAAUUGGACGGUCUCUGCGUACUCCCGCUGAACAUCGUCAACGAGAAGAUCUACGUGUUCCUUUGGUUCUGGUUCUGGUUCUUGGCUGCCAUCAGCGCCAUGAGUUUGAUUUACCGAGUAUGCGUGUGCACGGGAGUCAACUUCCGUAGACUACUUCUGCGAGCGCGCUCGCGGCUCAACACCCACGACCAGAUCGAGACGAUAAACAAAAGGUGUCAGAUUGGCGAUUGGUUCAUUCUCUAUCAGCUCGGCAAGAACAUCGAUCCGCUCAUCUACAAGCAACUGAUAUCCGACCUAGCGAAAAAGUUUGAAGGCAAGGAGAACGUCUAGGGAAAAACUGCUUUCCAGCUUCGACUAGCCCAUUUAUUCUUUUUCCUGAUAACGACGAUGCAGCCGUAAUCGAACGAACGAUCGAUCGCAAGACCGAAAACGAGAAGCUUGGAAGAUUGCGAGGAA